GCAGUCCCAGCAGGCCGUGCGCCACCAUGGGUGGAGUGCCCGAGGGGUAGAAUGGGAAGAGCUGGAGGGCGGAGAGUCGCCGACUGAGUGUGAUAGGAAGGCGUGGAAGGGAAGAGGCACCGCCUUAAGGGUGGGGCCUCCCUGCUGAGAGUGGUGGGCAGGGUGGCGUGGGGGAUGGAACUCUUGGUCCUGGAUGUUUCUGGGCAGAGCGAGCAGCCGCAGAACGCUGUGCGCAGCUUUGGAAAGGUAGUAGGGUCUGGUUCCCAGUUUUAGUGUCCUCACUGCGGCCCGCACACAGCGUCAUGGACCAGCAGCCGCCCGACGUUGAGGAGGACGAUUGUCUUUCUGAAUACCACCACCUCUUCUGCCCGGACCUUCUUCAGGACAAGGUGGCCUUUAUCACAGGUGGUGGUUCUGGUAUUGGCUUCCGGAUCGCUGAGAUUUUCAUGAGGCAUGGCUGCCACACUGUCAUCGUCAGCAGGAGUCUGCCGAGAGUGUCCACGGCUGCUGAAAAGUUGGUUGCUGCCACCGGAAAACGGUGCCUCCCUCUAUCUAUGGAUGUUCGAGUUCCCUCCGCUGUCGUGGCUGCUGUGGACCAGGCGCUGAAAGAGUUUGGCAAAAUCGACAUCCUCAUUAACUGUGCAGCUGGAAACUUCUUAUGCCCGGCCAGUGCUUUGUCUUUCAACGCCUUCAAGACUGUGGUCGACAUUGACACCAUUGGCACCUUCAAUGUGUCUCGUGUGAUUUACGAGAAGUUCUUCAGGGACCAUGGAGGAGUGAUUGUGAACAUCACCGCCACUCUCAAUAUGCGGGGGCAGGUGCUGCAGCUACACGCAGGCGCUGCCAAGGCAGCCGUGGAUGCUAUGACGCGACACUUGGCUGUGGAGUGGGGUCCCCGGAAUAUCCGUGUCAACAGCCUGGCUCCUGGUCCCAUCAGUGGCACUGAGGGGAUCCGGCGAUUGAGGCGCCCCCAGGACAGUUUGAAAUUAAAGCGUCUUUCAAACCCUGUGCAAAGACUUGGAAACAAGACAGAGAUCGCCCACAGCGUACUGUACCUGGCCAGCCCUCUGGCUUCCUAUGUCUCAGGGAUUGUGUUGGUGGUUGAUGGUGGCAGCUGGAUGACAUUCCCAAAUGACAUCAGUCAAUUGGUAGAGUUUGAAUCCUCCUCUGCGAAGCUCUAGGUAAUGAGUUGUUCCCACUUCUUGGGGUCCCUGUGUCCUUGAAUGCUCCUGUCUUUUCUCUGCCAGGAGCAGCUAUGAACUAUGGGUCAGGUUUUCAGAGGACCAUCCCUGCCCCUGUUGCACAGAGGGGGCCCUCUCUAGUGGACAGACACAGUCUCCAAGGCUAUGAAGGAAGUGGACUCCUGCCACUGAGGUUUUCCCAGUGACCUUGGUCUCUUGCCAAUUGGAGGGAUACAGCCUUGAAUUUGCAGUCUCUGGCCUUAGUCUCUGGAGUGCUGAGAUUCAGGAACGGAUGACAGGAUACAAAGUUUCCUUUUCUUUCUUUCUUUCUUUCUUUCUUUUCUUUUUCUCUUUUGAGAUAGGAUCGCAUGUAACUCCGGCUCUGUUCAAACACUGUGUAGCUGAAGAUGAUUUUGAACACCUGAUUCUCCUGUCUCUACCUGCUGAGUAUUGAAAUGACAAAAGAGCCACCACUUUUUACAGCGUUGAAGGUCACAUGCAUGUUAAACCAUCACUGUAUCAACCGAAUUACAUCCUCUGCCUCAGGAUACAUCUUUUGUCACACAAACAAACAUUGUAUUUUUUAAAAAUGUAUCCAGGAGGCAGUAUUCUUCCUGGGAAAUGCCUUCUUCCUCACAGAGGUCUAUAGUCACACCAGAAACGUUGAAUGUGAAUUUGGAAAUCCUAGCCGUCUAGUCCUUCUUCUGGGGACCAAGCUGGUUCCAUGCUCUGCCUCUGCAAAGCCCACAUCGCAGGUGGGCAGGACCAGGUCAUGAGCCUCGCCUGAUGCUUGUUCAUCUGAAGGGUUCCUAUGAUUUUUGCCAGUAAAUUACAUUUUCUUUUAAAUAAUCUUUUUACUAUAAAAAUAUCUAUGAGUUGGAAUUUGUAAGUCUCUAGAAAGAAAAUGAAAAAGUUUGAUUCUAUCACUGAAA